GGGACACCCUGUACAUGUAGUGUCCCCGUUUUAUUUGUAUACUUGUAUAUGAUAUAUAGAAUCUACGUCAGAUUAACAAGAUGAACUAAGCCUAAUAGCUAGGGAUUAAAUGUCCAAUUGUAUUUGUCACAUAUUCAUAUUUGUUAAUCGUUUUCGAGUGAUUAAUGAUUUGAUAUCUUUGUGACGACUGUUUGCGCUGGACAGUAUCUGCAUUAAUACUGAUCAAUCAAAAACUGCUUUAUAAUAAUUUCAGACUGUAUUGGCCUAUUUUUAUUUAAACUCAGCUGCUCACCGAGCCCACAUGAAAUGAUGACCAGUUUGAAUAAAAUGAUGACGACACAACUUUUGGUGGUGACCUUGUGCCUUCUUGUGCUGAUGUCAUUUAUCUCAGCGUCGCCAAGAUUUGGAGAUUCAAGAUCCGGAGUGAAGAGUGACAGGAGGAGAGGUGGCAGAUUGACAAAUCCAAAACCAGCCCCCUUCAAGGGGGGAACACAGAGCAGUGGAUUGAGAAUGAGUGGGAAGAUAAAGGAUGGAAAUUUCAUCGUUAAAUUAGCCGGACAAAAACCUGUGGUCUUCGAUAUGGUUAAAAAGAAGAUUGUAAAACAGACCAACCCAUUUCAACUUGUGCCUGAAGAGGAUUAAACAACAACGCUGGCGAAUAAGACUAGUACAUGUAUAUACCUCGUCGCAGAUUCAAACUAUAUUCUGACUUGAUCAAGGACAUUGUAUUUAUUAUUUACUGGAUAUAUUUUGUAUCAAUACAAAUCAGAGAUGAAAGUGA